UCAACCUCCAUGGCUGCAGCUUCCACUGCUGGUUCUCACUCCCGGAAAGGGCUCGGAUUCAUGCGCUAUGACGACUCAGAUGAGGAAAAUGCAGACUACAAUCAGCAACAGUGGCAGCACAAUGUUGAAGCUUUCUCUUUAGCUGGAAGUUUUGCUAGUAAGGAUUCUGAAGUAGAAAUUGGAUUCUUAAGAAAUACAGAGAAACACAUAGAAAGAAAAGAAAAGAAAGGACUAAUAAGCAAUGAUCAAGAAGAUGAAGAUUACAUUUUGGCUGAAGCAAGGCAACCAUUGUGGCGAAAAGUACCGGUACCUUCAAGCCUAAUCAAUCCAUACCGGAUAGUCAUUGUCAUGCGCCUCGUCGUGCUGGCAUUCUUUUUUCGCUUCCGGAUCCUGAAUCCAGUCCAUGAUGCAUUUCCACUCUGGUUGGUCUCAGUAAUUUGUGAAAUAUGGCUAGCAUUGUCCUGGCUAGUUGAUCAGCUACCAAAAUGGUUCCCCAUCACACGCGAAACCAGCCUCGAGCGCUUGUCCUUGCGCUUCGAGCAAGAAGGCAGGCAAAACAAACUAGCCCCUGUUGAUGUUUUUGUGACAACUGCAGACCCUUUUAAAGAACCACCAAUCAUAACAGCAAACACUGUCUUAUCAGUACUUUCUGUUGAUUAUCCAGUAGAAAAGGUUAACUGCUAUGUCUCGGACGACAGUGCUUCAAUGCUUCUCUAUGAUACUUUGUAUGAAACUUCAGAGUUUGCAAGAAUUUGGAUCCCUUUUGUGAAUAAGUACAGCAUUGAGCCAAGAGCACCUGAAUUCUAUUUCUCUCAGAAGGUUGAUUACUUGAAAGACAAGGUUCAUCCUACAUUUGUAAGGGACCGCAGGGCGAUGAAGAGAGAGUAUGAAGAGUUUAAGGUGAGAAUCAAUGUGUUGAUUUCAAAGGCUCAGAAGAAACCAGAAGAGGGUUGGGUGAUGAAAGAUGGAACACCUUGGCCUGGGAACAACACUGAAGAUCAUCCAGGGAUGAUUCAGGUGUGUUUGGGAAGUGCUGGUACACUGGACAUGGAUGGCAAACAACUGCCACGGCUUGUGUAUGUUUCGAGGGAGAAGCGCCCCGGCUAUCGACACCACGAGAAAGCUGGUGCUAUGAAUGCUUUGGUUCGAGUUUCUGCUGUUCUUAGCAAUGCUCCUUUUGUGUUGAACUUGGAUUGUGACCAGUAUAUCAAUAAUAGCAAGACUAUAAGGGAGGCUAUGUGCUUCUUAAUGGAUCCUCAGCUUGGAAAGAGGAUUUGUUUUGUCCAAUUUCCAAAAAGGUUCGAUGGCAUCGAUAACAACGAUCGAUAUGCUAAUCGCAAUACCGUGUUCUAUGAUAUCGUGAUGAAAGGACUUGAUGGGAUUCAAGGCCCAGUGUAUGUUGGCACUGGUUGUGUUUUCAAUAGGCAGGCAAUAUAUGGCAAUAAACCGCCAUCUGAUAAAAAGCCGAAGACAAGCCAGUCUUCAUGCUGCUGCUGCUGCUGUUCAGGUGAUGAUUCUGGGUCCACAUUUGAUCUUGAAGAGAUUGAUGAAGGACUUGAAGGGUUUGAAGAGAAAGAGGAAACAUCCUUCAUUUCAAUGAAAAACUUUGAGAAGCAAUAUGGAAUGUCACCAGUUUUGAUUGCUUCUGUUUUGAUGGAAGAUGGUGGACUUCCAAAAGUGACCAAUACACAGUUGCUGAUUAAGGAAGCAAUUCAUGUUAUUAGCUGUGGUUAUGAAGAGAAAACUGAAUGGGGCAAAGAGAUUGGGUGGCUUUAUGGCUCAGUGACAGAAGAUAUCUUAACAGGAUUUAACAUGCAUUGUAGAGGGUGGAAAUCAGUGUACUGCACGCCAAAGAGAGAUGCUUUUAAAGGAUCUGCUCCUAUAAAUCUAUCUGAUAGAUUACACCAAGUUCUGAAAUGGGCUCUUGGUUCAACUGAGAUUUUCUUUAGUGGCUAUUGCCCAUUGUGGUAUGGUUAUACUGGUAAACUAAAAUUGCUACAGAGGUUGGCUUACACUAAUACUAUAGUUUAUCCUUUCACUUCCAUCCCUCUCUUGGUGUACUGCACGAUUCCGGCCGUCUGUCUUCUGACUGGAAAAUUCAUCGUCCCCGCGUUAACAAAUGUUGCUAGCAUUUGGCUAAUGGCUCUGUUCACCUCCAUGAUCUUAACGUGCGUGCUAGAGCUCCGGUGGAGUGGGGUAAACAUUCAGGACUGGUGGCGCAACGAGCAAUUCUGGGUGAUCGGCAGCGUCUCCUCGCACCUCUUUGCCGUGUUCCAAGGUCUCCUCAAAGUUGGUGGAGUACACUCUAACUUCACAAUCAGAGCAAAAUCCACAGAUAACAACAGUGUAUCCAAUCAACUCUAUCUCUUCAAAUGGACAACGCUUAUGAUACCACCAACAAGUCUUGUGAUCUUGAACAUGGUUGGGAUUGUGGCCGGAAUAUCUGAUGCCAUUAACAAUGGAUAUAACUCAUGGGGACCUUUGUUUGGGAAGCUUUUCUUUUCUUUUUGGGUCAUUAUUCAUCUAUAUCCUUUCCUUAAAGGUCUAAUGGGAAGGCAGAACAGAACACCUACCAUUGUUGUCCUCUGGUCAAUACUUUUUGCAUUGGUUUUCUCAAUGAUUUGGGUGAGAAUUGAUGUGUUCUUGCCCAAGAAAACAGGUCCAGUUCUAGUACAAUGUGGGUUAGAAUGCUAAGGUAAUGGUGGAGAUAAAAUCAGGGUUAUGUUCUAUUUCUUCCCAUUUCCUUAUUCUUUUUUUGCUGGAGAAUACUGCUUUCAGGAGUCUUUGUGAGUUCUGGUUUUGAAGGAAACGGAAGGGAAUGGAAAGGCUUGAAGAGUUUCACUUUACUGAACAAUUCAUUCACUUCCUAUCCUUUCUCUUCAAAAUCUCAACUCAUAAACACACUUACACACCCUUCUUAAGAGAACACCUAUAGUUAUGUGGUCUCAAAAGAUAAAAAGAAUAUUAGUUCUGUACUUGUGGUAUCUGUGCAAU